ACUGCUCUUCUAGAGGACCCGGAUUCAGUGUCCAGUCCCUGUGUCAGGCAGCUCAUCAGGACUCACAGUGCCUCCUGGGCUCAGCCAGUGCCUGCAUACAGGUGGAUGUGUUUGUACAUACACGAACACACAAAAGUAGAUACUUGUAAAGUAAAAACAAAUAGAUUGGUUUGGGCUGAGACUUAGUUGUAGAGCUCUUGCCUGGUCUGUGUAAGGCCCUGGCUUUGAUCCAGAGUCUAUAAAUAUUUCCCUCCCACCCCCUACAGAUCCUUCCCUUAGAUCUGUUAAAGCCUUGUCUCUCUGGUCUGUGUUCCAGCAUUUCAGAGCCCCCAGGCCAGAUGAUCUAUCUUCCUUCCAGCUCUGCCUUCCCGUUGGGACUUACGGUUAAUUGAAGUCACUGAGACCAUUUGCAAGAGGCUUCUGGACUACAGCCUGCACAAGGAAAGGACUGGCAGCAACCGGUUUGCCAAGGGCAUGUCGGAGACCUUUGAGACACUGCACAACUUGGUCCACAAAGGUGUCAAGGUGGUGAUGGACAUCCCCUAUGAACUGUGGAACGAGACUUCUGCUGAGGUGGCUGACCUCAAGAAGCAGUGCGACGUGCUGGUGGAAGAAUUUGAAGAGGUGAUUGAGGACUGGUACAGAAACCACCAGGAGGAAGACCUGACUGAGUUCCUCUGUGCCAACCACGUGCUGAAGGGCAAGGACACCAGUUGCCUGGCAGAGCGAUGGUCUGGCAAGAAGGGGGACAUAGCUUCCUUGGGAGGGAAGAAAUCGAAGAAGAAGCGUGGCAGGGUCAAGGGCUCUGGUGACAGCAGCAAGCAGAGGAAGGAAUUGAGGAGCCUGGAAGGGGAUGCCAGCCCCGAGGAGGAGGAAGGUGUGCAGAAGGCGUCCCCACUCCCACAUAGCCCCCCUGAUGAGCUGUGAGCCCAACUUCAUGUCCUUGAAUCAAGACCCCUGACUUCAGAGCUAAAGAGUAUGGGACGCAGCUCCAGCAAGGAGGCUGUUGUCCGGUUUCUGGUCUCCGACCUUGACUGUGCCCUCUUCCUGCCCGAGCAACAGCAAGAAGUGGACCGAUUUGGGGGUGGGGUCUCCCACCCUCCAAGGGAAGAGGGGGAGGUGAGCUCUCGCUCUACACAGCCCUCCUCAUGAGCUCUGGGUCCAGCCCAGCAUCCCCAAACUGAGCCCCCUGACCUGGAAGCUGAAGGACACAAGGCACAUACAAUGGCUCCUCCAGCGUCAGGUCUCCCUCCAACUCACCUGCGCCCUCUUCACCAGGAUGGGCACGGCCCCAGGAAGGACUUAGCGCGAUGUGGCAGCCAGACCUGCCUCUUCCUCCACCAACCGUUCUCUUCUGCUGGGUCCUUUGUCAGGGCAUGACUUUCAGAACUUUCAGGAUGAGCUCAGCGUGGUGUGGCACAAGGGGCUGGGCGCCAGAGCUCAAGCCCCUCCAGAGCUGGUGGAGAGGGCACCCACUUGACCCCUCCAGGGAAGCAAGACUGCAGCUGCAGCGGCUCCCCUCACUCCUGAGGACUCUGGCUCCUGGGUCCUCUUCAGCCUUCAGAGUGUUCCCUUGUUGCUCUUUUCUGCCUGUGCCCCCAGUCCCGGGGCUGGGAAGGUGGUGCUACUGCCACCCUUAUUGGAUGCCAGUUAUUAGGAGGAGUGGGUGCUGAAAAUGGCCAGGCUUGGUUUGGGUUAAAGCAGUGGUUCUCAACCUUCCUGACAUUGCGACCCUUUAAUACAGUUCCUCAUGUUCUGGUGACCCUCCCAACCAAUAAAGUUAUUUUUAUUGCUACUGUCUUACCGUAAA